AUGUCCACCCCCGAGCCCUACGCCCCUACCCUCCUCAACGCCUGGCGUUCUCCCCGCCUCAUCUACCGUGCAAUCGAAGACAAUCCCAUGGACAGACAAACCCUCUGGUCCUUCGCCGACAACGAUCCCGUCUCCAUCGCCAUGGGUUCCCUGCGCCCUUUAUCCCCGCAACCCAGCGCAGCCGUGCAGCGUUUCUACGAGCGUUUACACCUUCUUCACAUACGCGUCUUCGUCUGUCUGCCUCCAACGGAGGAAGAGAUUGCGCAAUGGGAGGCUUUGAUCCAAGAAAAGGGGGAGAAGAUCGGUUUGACUGCUACACUUGAUGUUGAGAAACUCAAGGGGGAAUAUCCGAGGCCCGAGCCGAAGCCGAUUGGAGUAUUGACACUCAUGGCGCCUGGUGAGGAAGGGUUGCAUCAUCGGAAUGCGAUGAUUGGGAUUGGGAUUACCACCGGGUAUAGAGGGAAGGGGUAUGGAGGGGAGGCGAUUGAUUGGGUGCUGGAUUGGGGGUUUGUGAGGAUGGGAUUGCAUAGGAUUUGGUUGGCGGCUUUUGCGUACAAUGAGCGGGCGGUUAACCUGUAUAAGAAGCUGGGGUUUGUGGAGGAGGGCAGGGAGAGGGAAGCGGUGUUGUAUGAGAGGAGGUGGUGGGAUAUUGUUAGGUUGGGGAUGUUGGAGGGGGAGUGGGAGGCGCUGAGGAAGAGGCAGGCUGAGGAAGCUGGAAAGGAGGGGGGGGGGAAAAGUGAGGAGUAA